AUGCCACAUUCGAAUGAUGGGACCCUGGUAUCCUGCGCCGGUGAUUCCGAAGUCCGUGUUUUUGAUAUCGAGUAUCAAGGGAGAUCUGCAGCUACAGAGACUCCUGCUAUUCCCUCAGCUCGACAACGAAGGAUUAAUAAUUUCUUCAGUGGAAUGCGUUAUUUGACAGAGAAUAAUACGAACUCCCGGGUAUAUCGGUCACAUGCAGAUCGAGUCAAACGAAUUGUCACCGAGAAUUCUCCUCAUCAUUUCCUCACUUGCUCCGAGGAUGGGGAAGUUAGACAGUGGGAUUUACGGCAGCCGUCGUCCGCAUAUCCAUCUCCCCGUGGUGGUCAGGGCUUCAUGGCUUUUAGGCCAGGCUUGAGACAUGACGAUUCCAACGUUCCGCCGCCAUUGAUAUCUUACAAAAGGUACAAUCUCGAUUUGAACACCAUAUCCUGCUCUUCUAGUCAGCCACACUACAUCGCGCUUGGAGGUGCCCAUCUCCACUGCUUUCUACACGAUAGACGGAUGCUAGGUCGUGAUUUACAAGCGGAACGUGGUCAGCCUGGAAGCCACAAUCCCCCAAAAUCUUGGUAUGACAACGAGGUCAUGGGGAAGGCUACACGUUGCGUAAAGAGAUUUGCUCCGCGUGGCCAGAAAAAGAUGAGAAGGAGGGAUAACGGGCAUAUUACAGCUUGCAAAAUUAGCAAUGCAAACCCAAAUGAGAUGAUUGUCAGCUGGUCAGGAGAACACAUUUACAGCUUCGACUUAAUCCGCAACGACGAUGCAUUGGACCAUAAAGACGAGGACAACAGAGAAUGUUUGGAUGGCACAAGCACUGGAAGAGCUAAGAAAUGCAAAAAUAGGAAAAGAAAGCGAGGAAAAGCCAGAUCCAUCAGUUCUGCCAGCAGUGGAUCCCGUCACCAAUCCCGGCUUCGUCCUGGGAGUAACGAAUCAGAAGACUUGGCUUUUAGAGUUCGUUACCGGAAUGGCGAGCUCGAAGAUAUUCCUUUCGACUCACUUCCAGGAACAAGCCUAGCUGACACUCCACAGGAAGUUCUUGAGAGGGCACGUGAAUCUGUUCUCAACGAGGCCCAGAAGUUGAGUCUUCGAAUAGCCAAGGGGCUGGUUGAAGUUCGAAAAAUGCUUUUUUCGGUAGAUGCUUCCACUCGUGAGGCCGUCGAGGAACAUUCGAUGACUGAACCCACUCCAUAUACUUCAUCAUUUACUGCCAUCCUUGGCCUUACAGCGACAUAUUUGCCCGAAAUGGAUGACGUGAUAAGAAAUUGGGGAUACCCCUUAAACCCUACACAUGGAGAUGUUGUUUUUCAACAGGCUCUACGCAGUAACAGGGAGUCGUCUCGUCGUUUUAUUCAAGCCUCUGGUACCUUAGCCAGGGCUCUUGGUGGUAGAAUCCAAACAGCAUCAGGUGGUGAGAGCCCACAGCUUCAACUUUUCCGUCAGAUUGAACCAGCUCCUACUGAAAACGGAGUCAUUGACAAUAGCAGUCAAUUUGGGUACGACUUCUUGAAAGCAAUUGUACUCUGGCUUGAAGGAGGGAGACCAUCCCUACUAGAAGGGUUUAAAGAGAGGCCUUCUGAACGUCGCAAUGCUGCUAGAUUCCCCAUUCCACAAUCUGCAACAGACGAGGCCAUCGACACCAUUCUGAUACCAUACUUGAAGGGAUUGGCUGGGAAUAAUCCUAUUGUGAACGUUGAUACCUCGAGAUUCGAGCUUGAUGAAUCUCGUGUGAUAUUUACCUCUCAAUCUCAUGCAGUGAAUGCUUUUGCCCAGGCAAUUAGACUGCCUUUAGAAGACCUUUCUGGCACAGCAAUGUCAUCAACUGACGGGGAAGAGAUCUCAAGGGAUAAUUCUAACCUAUCUGCCCUAGACCGCCGUGCUGCUACUCGAUUCUGGGGUUUAAAGGUAGGGAGGGGUAUUUUGAUGGACGUUGGCGAGGGUGUUAACUUUGAAUAUGUCAAUCGUGCCUUCGGUGGUCUUCGAGCUACGCUUGAAGAGGAUGACGAUGACGACGACGAAAGAGAAAGACUACAGGAGGACAUCGAUCCCAACGAGGAAGAAGAGGAAAUAUCUGAACUUCGCGUUAUGAAUAGACACUCACGCCACAAUCGGCACUCACAUCGAGAACCUAUCUUCAGGAAUGAUGUCGAGGACCAUGAUAUUCAUAGCUCAUCUGAAGAGGAUGAUGAAGAAGAGAGCAACGGUUCAGAGAGUGAUAGUGAUAGCAGCGACUACGACUCAGAGAACGAAAGGUUAAGGGAACAUGAUGAUGAAGAUGAAUUUGGAAUAUCCACCCAGCUAUCUUCAACGUGCCGUAACUCGGUAGAGUCACAUGUUCCCUGCUCUUCUCAUCUCAACGUUUACCAAGGCCAUUGCAAUGUGAAGACUGUUAAAGACGUUAACUAUUUCGGUUUGGACGACGAAUAUGUUGUCAGUGGAAGCGAUGACGGAAAUGUCUUCAUAUGGGAUCGAAAGACGUCGGAUCUACUCAACAUCCUCAAUGGGGAUAGUGAUGUAGUCAAUGUGGUCCAAGGUCAUCCGUACGAACCCCUCCUCGCUGUUUCGGGAAUUGACCAGACGAUUAAGAUAUUCUCACCCGAUAAUCGAGCACAAGACGAUGCUAGCAAUGGCAUCAACAUUGCCGACCCUGAUGCACAAUCCGAUCUAACUGUUGGUGUCGAGGGUGUAUUAGACCAGACAAAUAUGAGAAGCCCCGGACUUGCAAGUAGAAAACGCUUGCGUGACAGCUACCAGAUUCUAAGCCAGAAUGAUGUUAACCGCCAAGGGGGGAUGAAUGAGGCCUUUCUUACGAGAAGCAUGCUCGCCCGUGUAGCAGCAACGCUCAGGGACAGACAUAAUGUUAGGCUUGGGUUUGCCGGCGCUCACACUGGGGGAGAAGAGCAUCACAUUGUGCUAGAUGAGAACUGUUCUGUUAUGUGA